AAAAAAAAGGGAAAGGCUAAACGUGAAAUGAAGUUAUGAUGCCGUUCCCUCGCAAAUAUUCGGCGGAUGUGUUUCAUAGCGCAGUCAAGAUGGCGUUUCACCGAAUGGAAUAUGCUUGUUAGAAAAAGUGUGUGAAAAAAAAUGCCGCGGAAAGCUUGAGAGCAACGCGUGCGAGUUACGAAGUGAAGUUUCGAUCGCAGAGUGAAUUCUCGUGACUUUGCCAUGCAUUCUAGAUGAAAAUAAUUCAAAUGACGAGGCUGAAAUGAUGCGUGCAUUAACCCAAGUGACAAGGCUUGUUCGCUGAUCUUCGGACAUUGCGGAGAACCGUGGUCGUCGAGCGGCGAACAACGACGCUAUGGCGUCCAUCGGACGUGUGCAUAAAAGAAAAUAAAAUUAUAUAAGUGAUAUGAAAACAAUUUAAUUAAUAGUGUUAUACAGGAAAGUGACUAGACAUUCCAUGAUUUCACAUAAAAUUUUAGUAGAACAUAUUGUGACUUAAUGGACUUUACACAUCAUGUCAAAUAGUUUGGACAGUUUUUUAACACGUAUUGGGGAUGUCACUAUAGAACGUGUGACCCCUCGUUCAGGCCCUAAGCCUAAUGAAACAAUAAUGUCAAAUGAUACUGCAACAAACACAGACAUGAAUAAUGUAGAGCCUCAAACAAAUGAUGAAAGUUCAGAGGAAUCUAGUGCUGAAACAUCUGAUGGAGAACAUGACAAGAAAAAUGAUACAUUACAGUCAGAGGAAAUAGAAGAAAUACGUUCAGAAGGGUCAGGAGACGACAUGGAUUUAGACGAGACAAUUGAUUCACAAAUUGGUGUACGAGCAGAGUCGGAACGGCAACAUCAUUCUCAACCUGAGGAUGAUGAUGAAGAACCAGUUAAUAUAUUGGAUACUUUGCCAUUAGAAGGAGCCCCAAUAGAGGGUCAAGAAGUGUCUGAAGCAGACUUACUUGGAAAACCAAUUUCCAAAGAUACAGAUGAUGAAGAAAGUAUAGGUCAUGAAAAUGACAAAAAUGAAGAUCAAGCCAUGGAAGAGGAAGGUACAGAGAGUAAUAAGAGGCAUGCUGAUUCAGAAAAUUCUGAUGCAGCUAAAAAGAAACAGAAAAAAGAUGAUGGAACUGAAGGAUCUGCAUCAGAAUGCGAAACGAAAGCAGAGAAGAAAUUAGCAAAUAUGAGGAGAAAUAUUCGAGAAGUUAUGGAUGAAACUCAACUUGAUGAAGCUACUUUAUCAGCUCAGCGACAAGAGAUGGAACGUCUUCGAAGGGUACAAGAACAACAAAGAAUAAUUCGUGAAGUUCAACGGCAAAUAGCAAUAAAUAGACAAAAUAGCAAAACACAAACAAGAGUAAUUAGUCUUUUACAAGGAAAACAGAAUCAAGCAGGCACUACUAUUUCACAAUCAUCUCCAUCUGCACCAGUUCGUUUACCAAAUACAGUGCUCCUUAAAGUAAAUUCUGGAUCUGGAACUGGAUCGCAGACAACAUCUGGAAUGCAAACAAAUCAAAUACAAAGAAGAUCAGUUGAAGGUUCUCGAUGGCAAAAAGGUAGAGGUGUUUACCAAGGAGCACAAACGUCAAUUUCGCGAGUUGGAAAUCGACCUAGUGGUCCUAAUAUGUUACAACAAAGAAUUCGAAUGAUGACUCCUUCUGUUAGCAUAUCUCCUGUAGUUCCUAAAAAGGAACCUAUGGAUAGAUCAGAAUAUUAUUCAGAUUCUGAAAUCUCUGAUAUAGAAGCUGAAGAAGCUUUACGCGAAAAACAAAUACAUGCUGCUAAAAAGAUAUCAACUGGACCAAAGUCUCAAAAAACUGCUAAGGGCAAAGAUGUAGUUACAAUAUCUAGCUCUAGCGAAAGUUCAGAUGAUGAUUGUAUAGUUUUAAGUGAUCCAAGUGGUGAAGAAGAAACUGACAACGAAGAUGAUCCAUCCAAUUCUGGCAUGCACACUAACGAUAGAUAUAACAUUCCAGAUGAACAUGGUAGAGUGUUAAUAAAUGUGGGCCAUCCUGAAACAGAACCUGAUGUAUUUUUAGCUCCACAGGUAGCUCGUAUUAUUAAACCUCAUCAAAUUGGUGGUAUUCGUUUUCUUUAUGAUAAUAUUGUUGAGAGUAUCGACAGAUUCAAAACUAGUUCUGGUUUUGGUUGUAUACUUGCUCACAGUAUGGGUUUAGGAAAAACGCUUCAAGUUGCUAGCUUUUGUGAUAUUUUUUUUCGUUGUACUACUGCGAAAACUGUCCUUUGUAUUAUGCCUAUCAAUACAUUGCAGAAUUGGUUAGCAGAAUUUAAUAUGUGGUUACCAUAUGAGGAUCCUAAUGCUCUGGAGAAACAUGGUAAAGGUAUUAAAUCAGAAUCUGUUGUAGAACUUAAACAAGAAGUUAAGGACGAAACUGGGAAUCAGAGUGAUAUGUCAAACAUGUCAAGUAUGUCAAAUAUCUCAAGGCCUAUUAGUACAGAAUCAGCUCAUCGUUUUGGACAAGAAAAUACAUCUCAAUCUAUGAACAUUAUAUCAGAAAAUCCAUAUAUUCAUCAAGGAUAUGAAACUCACAAUAUGAUGCCUGGUUAUGUACAAGAUAAUGUUAUGUUAAAUAAAAAUAUGUCAGAUUCACAAGUACAUAUGAAUGAAAAUUAUCAUAAUGAUAUUUCACAAAAUGCAUUGUAUAAUACAAAUCCUAAUCCAAUGUCUACUUUUGAUUCAAUGAAAUCAGAAGUAAAUUGUCAUAGUAUACAACAAAGGUCAAACAUGUCGGAUACAAAAUUUGGAAUGGAAAAUCAAAAUUCUGGUAACAUGUACCCUGGUUUAGAGAAUCGGCCACAGGCUCCCAUAUAUCCAGGUAUGGAAACUCGAAAUUCUAGUACUUUGUAUCAUAGAGUAGAAAAUCACCAUUCUGGGCCACCUGUAUAUUCUAAUUAUGAUAAUUCUACUAAUACUUUCUCUAAUUAUGCAAAUCGAUCAACUCAAGAAGCAGAUUCAGAAUCAAGAAAAGAUUGUUUUAAAAAUACUUUAUCUUCUAUAAAUGUAGAAGUUAAUGUAAAGAAAGAGCCAGAAGAAAUGCUUAAGAAGGAAGAAAGUACUUGUACAACAAAAGAAGAAAUAGUGAAUGAAGAGAAAAAAGAAAUUGAGAAAGUUAAAACUCCAUUUAGUGUAGAUUCACCUAUUGGUAUGGAAAUGAGACCACGGCAUUUUCGUUUACAUAUUUUAAAUGAUUCUCAUAAAACUAUGACAGCAAGGGCUAAGAUAAUUCAAGAUUGGCAAGUAGGAGGUGGUGUUUUAUUGAUUGGAUAUGAAUUAUAUAGGCAAUUAUCUUUAAAAAAACCAAACAAAGCAAAAAGGAAACGUGGACAACCUUUUAAAGACACUGUUGAUGUUGAAGAAGAAGAUAAAAAUAAAGGAUUGUUAGAUGAAAUGCAUGCAGCUUUAGUUAAUCCAGGACCUGAUUUAGUUAUAUGUGAUGAAGGUCAUAGAAUAAAAAAUUCCCAUGCUAGCAUUAGUAUGGCUUUGAAACAAAUGCGCACAAAACGUAGAAUUGUAUUAACUGGUUAUCCAUUACAAAAUAACCUUCUAGAAUAUUGGUGUAUGGUUGAUUUUGUAAGACCCAAUUAUUUAGGAACUAAAAGUGAAUUUUGUAAUAUGUUUGAAAGGCCAAUUCAGAAUGGACAAUGUAUCGAUUCAACACCACAAGAUAUACGUUUAAUGAGAUACCGUGCACAUGUAUUACAUGCUUUAUUAGAAGGUUUUGUACAGAGAAGGUCACAUUCUGUAUUACAAGUUUCUUUGCCACGUAAAGAAGAAUACAUUCUUCUUGUUCGGAUGACACCACAUCAACGUAAACUAUAUGAUACCUUUAUGACUCAAGUAGUAAAGACACGUGCUGUACCUAAUCCAUUGAAAGCUUUUGCAGUAUGUUGUAAAAUUUGGAAUCAUCCUGAUAUUCUGUAUCAUUUUCUACGCAAACGGCAAGCUAAUGAAGAAGAUGAUUUAGAUUUAGAAGAAACAAUUGCUGAAAAAUCUACUCCGGGAGGUAAACGUUCUAAAGCUCGCCAACCAAAAGGAGAAUCCAAAAAAGGAAAGAAAACAAAUACGACUAUAAAAAAUAAACCAGCAGCUAGCGUACAACCUAAUGCUUCUUCGUCGUCUAAUACGGAUACUCUAGAGAAUGAUAAUUCACAUACUACUCCAAAACAAAAUAAUUAUUCUAAUUAUCCUCCUAUGGCAAUGAAUAAUUCAGGAUAUUCAAAUUCUAUACCACAAAAUCCUUCUUAUCCUCAUGGUUUUCAGAAUUAUAGAUCAAAUGAUCAAAAUACAUAUUAUAGGAAUGAAAAUACCCAUGGAGAAUACAAUGAAUUCUACAAUAAUCAAAGCUCACAAAGAUAUGGAAAUCAAUCAUUUCAAACAUAUACACAAACUCCAGGAUAUAAUGCACCACAAAAUUAUUCUAAUCAAUCACAAAAUUAUAUACCAAAUAAUGAACAGGCUACAAAUAAUCAUUCUCAAAGGUAUUCAACUGCUGCUUCCAAUUCAGAAUUUCGUCCAGAUCAAAAUCAAGGAAAUAAUUAUGAAGUAUCUGGAAUAUUUCCACGUCAAACUUAUCCUUAUCAAGAUCAUGGACGUAAUUAUGGAUCAAGUAUGAAUCAAGGACCUAAUAAUUAUUCUCAAGUUCCAAAUCCAUCUUCUUUUCAAUCGCAAAUGCCAAAUCAAUCUACAAAUAUGCCAUUACCGGAUUAUUCUCCAUAUACACCAAAUCAAACUCAAAAUUAUAAUUCUACAGCAGGUCAAACAAAUACCAUGUAUUCGCGAAAUGAAAGUCAACCAUUACAAAAUUCUACAUUAGGAUAUGGUCCAAAUCAACAAAGUCAAAAUUCAUCAUCUCAAACACAGACUGCUGCAUAUCUUCCAACUCAACAAGGACAGAGCACAACAUCUGGUCAAAAUCGUGGUUUUUCACCUAAUCAACAAAAUCAAAAUCUUUCUUUACAAAGUUCUUCUCAUACUUAUGGUGGCUCACAGUCAUUACCAAAUCAGCCUCAUAAUUAUCCCACUCAAGUAAAUCCAAAUUCUUCAUCACAAACAUCACUUAAUUUUAAUCAACAAGCUCCAAAUGCCAUGCCUCAAAGUCAACCUCAUCCAUAUAUAACAAAUUCAUCAAAUCAAGCGUCAAUUCCACAAAAUCAAAUACGUGGAUAUCAUCCUACAACAGGUCAAAAUCAAAUGAAUGUACCACAAAAUUCAUCUUCAUAUCCCACUGGUCAAUCAGCUCCAAAUCCUUCUACUCAAACACACGGAUAUUCUCAAGAUCAGCAGGGACCAGUUUCUAAUGCACAAAAUACAAUGCAUGGAUAUUCACAUCUUGUAUCUCCAUCAACACCACAAACUCAGUCUUAUCCUCAAUCUAAUAUCCAAAAUCAAACAGGAGCUUCAUCAAAUGCAAACCAUGCUUAUGGAUCUAAUCAUCAAGGGUCAACAUCAAUUCCGUCAACACCAGCUCAUAGAUACAGUUCUUCUCAACAAGGACAGAUGUCACAAGCUCAGAACCAACCUCUUUCAUAUUCUCAAAAUCAGCAAACACCAAGCUCUUUAAGUCAGAACGAUCAAUUGUAUUCUAGGCCAGAUAAUCAACAACAAACUCAAACUUAUACAACAACAGCUAACACAUCACAUGAAUUUUCAACAGAUCGUCAAAGUGGCAAUUCAUCUACCAAUUCUUCAAAUAAUUAUUCAGUAAAUCAAGCAACACCUCAGAAUACUGUUUUACCAAAUUAUUCAGCAGAUGGUCCAAAUCAAGUAAAUCAAAUGAAAGCUUCAGAAGAUCAUUAUUGGCAAAGAAAUUAUUCUCAACCAUUUCAACCUGAUCAGUGUAAUGAUCCAUAUUAUCGGGAUGUAAAUCCAAAUGUAAAUAGAUAUCAAAGUAAUUAUUUUCCAUCACAAAAUUAUCAAAAUCAAUCUUAUGAUUAUAGUAAUAAUCAUAAUUCGGAUAUUAAUACACGCUCAGAAGAUUCAAAGCAAUCUCAGCAAUCUACUACUCAUAUUCAAAAUUCAGGAUCUUCAGAGAAAACCAAAAAUAAUAAAGAAAUGACAUCAAGUAUUGGCGUACAAAGUCAACCAGUUCAUCAAAAUAAUUUAUCUACAAAUUCAGCUUAUAGUUCUGAAUCAAAUUGUCAGACUCCAAUAUCUAGAUCUCUACAAAAUCUUAGUUCAUUACAUAGUCCUCGAUUAAAUCAAAAUGAUUUAGUAAAAGAAGAUGAAAAAGAAAAAGAAGAUUUGCUAGAUAAAGAUAAAGAAGAUAAGUCAGAUGAUGAAAUUCUUACGAAAGAUGAAGAAAAAGAUUGUAAAAGUUCUCCAGGAGGCAAAGAAGACCCUGGAAUUCCAUACGAUUGGGCAACAGAAUUAAUGAAAGGCUACGUACCAGGAUUAAUUGAUGCAUCUGCAAAAAUGACAAUUUUCUUUUGUAUUUUGGAAGAAGCAAUUAAGCUUGGUGAUCGUGUUUUAGCAUUCUCUCAGUCAUUAUUUACGUUGAAUCUCAUUGAAGAUUUUUUAGCUAGAAACAGUUUAAAGUAUCCUGAUGGACAAACUGAUGCUUGGAUUAAAAAUGUAAAUUAUUAUCGUCUUGAUGGCAGUACUAGCGCCUUAGAAAGAGAAAAACUUAUUAAUGAAUUUAAUAAUAAUCCAAAAAUUCAUCUUUUUCUUGUUUCAACACGCGCUGGUUCACUUGGUAUUAACCUUGUUGGCGCUAAUCGUGCCAUUGUGUUUGAUGCUUCUUGGAAUCCUUGUCAUGAUACACAGGCUGUUUGUAGAGUGUACAGAUAUGGCCAACAGAAACCUUGUUUUGUUUAUCGUUUAGUUACUGAUAAUUGUUUGGAGAGAAAAAUAUAUGACAGGCAAAUUAGUAAGCAAGGAAUGGCAGAUCGCGUGGUUGAUCAAUGCAAUCCAGAUGCUCAUCUUUCAUUGAAAGAAGCAACUACAUUAUCUUGGGAUUGGGAAGAAGAUAGUCAAGUACAAGAUUUCUCUCAAACAAAAGAUAGUUAUUCUGAUGAAGUAAUGCAUCGUGUAUUAGAACGUCAUUCUUCGUUAUUAACUAAACAGCCUUUCCAUCAUGAAAGUCUUUUAGUUGAUAGAAAAGAUAAAAAACUUAGUCAAGCGGAAAAGCGAUUAGCUCGUCGUGGUUACGAACUUGAAAAAAUGGCAGCCAAUUGUUCUAGACCCAGUUAUAAUUAUGUUCCUGGAAAUACUGCUACACGGGCAGGUGGAUUACAAAUUCGAGCAAUUCGAGGUGGUGAUAGCAGUACUACUUCUAAACCAGUUGCCUCAGUUAGACCAAUGCAGCAACGUGGUGCUGAAGGUUUAGGUUCACGUAGCGUAACAGGAAGUCGAUGGAUACCAGCAGAAGUAUGGCAAAGACAAGGAAUGAGUGCGCAAGAAAUGACAUUACCUUUAGAUGUUGUUAUUCCUACUAAUUCACCUGAUAAAGGAAGUAUUGUAUUAAAAGCUGGUCAGCGAGUAAUGGUACUGAAAAGUCCGAAAGGCAUUUAUAUGCAAUUAGAAUCUGGUAAAAUUAUUGCUAUUCGAACGGCUCUUAAAUUAAAUCAACAAAAACGAGAAGAAGAACAACCCAAGAAAGGUGUAUCAUCAAUGGCACAGAGGAAUUCAAAGCCUGAAGUCGGAUUUCCAUUGAGAAAUAACUCAGCUAUUUCUAUUAUACCGAAAUCUUCUUCAAGUAAUCAAGCAAGUGGUCGUUCAAUUAAUAAACCAGGAAACGGACCUAAUUAUAGACCAUUCGCAGAUAAGGAAACCUCAAAAAGACCAAAACCUGUUGCUACUGCAACUGCCAAGCCGUAUUUGAGUCAAGUUAAUCUAACCAAUCAAGUUUCUCUGUCAAGGUUACCAAAAGUAAAACAGGAACCUUUAGAUCAUUCCACACUUGGUGAAAAUUCAAAUUCUUCAGAUGGUCAAGUUAGAACUGAACAAAGGGUGGAGGAAGUCAGAUUGGAAGAUGUGGUUGCGGAAGUAAGUUCGAAUACAGAUUAUAGUCCUAAUCAUAACCGUGUAGCCAAUUCUGAUACCGAUACUACUGCUCUACAAAAGUCAUCUGAAGAAAACAGUCAAGUAUAUACUUCGGAAUCUGUAACUGCACAAAGUGUUCAAACACAACACGAUCAAACGGAAACGGAAUUGACACCGAAAAUUGAUAAACAAUGUUCUCCUUCAAUUGAAAAGGAGAUUAUGAAAACAACUGAUGCAUUAACGAAUUAUGGGCAUGCUUUUCAAACUCAACAAGAAAAAAGAGAUACGUCCAAUGAUGAAAUUAUAAUUGAAGAUCCAUCGCCAGUAUCAUCUCAAAUGCAAUCGCAAGUAUCAUCACAAAUGCCAUCGCAAAUACCACCACAAGUAUCUUCGCAAGUACAAUCACAAAUAUCACAGCAAGUACAGUCACAAAUAUUACCUCAGAUACCAUCACAGUUACCACCACAAAUACCACCUCAGAUACCUCCUCAGUUAUCGUCACAAGGACCAUCACAAAUACCUCAAGCAUCACCGCAAGUUACACCACAAGUAGCGGUGCAAGUUCCAGCACAACCAGCACCGUCUGGUUCAUUGUUGGCACAACAAUCUACAUCGUCAACUGUGCAAGUACCACCAACGACAUCUGCAUUACGAGGUACGGAAGUCGCUAAAGGUAUAACUGAUUCAACUAUUGGUUCUUCUGCUACAUCCGUAUGUACUGGAACAAAUACUAUGACAUCUCCAAAAACAGCAGAACCAAGUAUGCGUGAAACUUCUAUACAAAGUGAUCCUCCUAAUGUUCCACAAGGCUAUCCUUAUGCUCAGUAUCCACGAUAUUACGAUUAUAGUGAUCCUCGAUCACGAUCAUUAUCCACUCCUUAUGGUACGUAUUUCCCUGGUGUUCCACCUCAUGCAGCAAAUCCUAGAUUACCAAUGGAUACUACUAAGAGUCAACCAGAUCUAGGAAAACCCAUAGAAGAGAGAACAAUGAUGAAUGUGCCUCCUGCAUAUUCGCAAGUACCUAAUACUACUGCCAAAACAUUAGCAAAUACCACAGAAACGAAAGGUGCAGAAGCGAUGGUAACCACAACGGUAGCUACUAAUAGAGAUGAAACGCAUAUACCUACUGCGUUUAGUCAUCCUACAAGUAGUCGUUAUCCUGGACCUUAUCCACCAGGACCGUAUGAUCCAUACUCUCAGCAUUAUCCUCCGGCACCCGGUUCGUCGGCAACUUAUCCACCAGGUGUAGGUGCUCCUGGAUAUCCAGCAUAUGGUGGCCCGAGCUACAAUACAGAAUAUGCUCGUAUGUAUACAGCAUUUCAUGGUCCUCCUCCACCAACAGAUCCUUACAUACAUAGAGGUUAUGCACCCCCUUCUUCGCAUCCACCUAAUUAUUAUCCUCCGUUUCCACAUCCACCACCGCCUUAUCCGAAUUAUUCAUUUUUGUCACCAUAUCCAAAUCCCAAUAUGCCUAGCGAGCCACAGCCACCUGCUCAGUAG